AUGAUGAUGACCUGUUCAGGAAAUAAAUACUUGGCGUUAGUUAACUUUGUCAAAUAUUGUAAGAAGCAUUACAGUCGGGUGAGCAGGAGUAGUAACCGCAGAAGGGGCAAAAACAAUGGGGUAGCUAUCACAGAGUCGAGAGGAACAUAUACAUAUGAUAUAGACAAGAGCAGCAACAGUAACAGCAAUAACAGAAAUAAUAGCAAUAACAGCAAUAACAGCAAUAAUAGUAACAAUAAUAGCAAUAACAUCAAUAACAGUAACAACAGUAACAGUAACAACAGUAACAACAGUAACAGUAACAACAGUAACAACAGUAACAUGUAUAAAAAAUCAGUAUUUUACGAAGAGAUUAAUGAUAAAAGGAAUGCAGAAAACAAUACAAAUAUAUUACAAAUAAUAAAAAACAGCCAAAUAGAAAAUUUCAAUAUUUAUGAUUGCACUCUUUUUUUAAAUUAUUUAAUAAAGAAUAAAAAGAAUAAGGCAUUUAGCAAUGAACUGAAACAUGUUAACAAAAUAAGAUUAAGUUCAUAUCUGUAUAAAGUGUCUAUAUGCAAAAUAAUGAAAAACAUUUUAACAUUUGAGCCGAGAUAUGUUUAUUCUUUUUUCAUUAAAUUUUCCGAACUUCGAGAUUUAAACUCAGUUGAAUGUUUAUUUUUGCAUAUUUACAAUAGACACUUAAAUUAUUUUUCCCUUUAUUACUUAACUGAAAUUAUGUAUAAUAUUGCUAUAUUGAAUUGUUCUUUUCCAAAAAAUGCAGGAAUUUUGAGGGAGUUUUUAGACUAUCUAACAUUAACCAUUAUUAAGGAAAAUAAAAAUAUAAAAAAUUUUGAAAAAAAAAUUAAGAAUAAAAUAAACAUACAUCUUACGAAUGAUAGUAAAAAGCCUGUUUAUAUAAAAAGCUUUACAAAUAAAAAAAAAAGGUACACACAAAAGUGCAGUAGUCAGGAUUAUGCUAUCAUUGCGGCAUGUGAUCCUAUUAAUAUAUGUUAUACCAAAGGAAAAGAGGAACAUAGUGUACUACAACUACACGAUGAUAAGAACAAACAGAUAGGAAUUACAAAAGGGAAUAAAAAAGUACGAAUGAAAUUUAACCUAGACUCCUUAUCGAACGUUAUGUUAUAUAAACUAAUUUACGGUCUUGCAAAAAUAAAUCAUAAUAAAGAAUUAGUUAAGGAUCUCUUUGUUUUGUUAAUACCAUAUCUACGAUAUCUUAUUCAAAAUAAAAAUUAUGUAUAUUGCAAGGAGAGAAAUGAUAUUAUUGUAAAAAUUAUAUGGGCGUUUGCUUUUCUACAUAUAAGGCAUAUUAAUCUAUUUCUUGAUUUUUCCUUAUGCCUCCAACUUAUUCUACCAGAAUUAGAAUUAACAUAUAUUAAAAUUGCUAAACAAAUUUAUGAAAAUUUACUCCUUUUUGAUGAAUUGUUAUUGGAUAAAUUAGAACAAAGGAUCAACCAGUUGGAAAAUAUUUCUCCUGAACAACAAUUUUCUCAACCCAGAAAAAAGCAAUUCAAAAAAAAGAAAAAACGAGUAGCAAUUACGGACGAAAUUAAAUUUAGUGUAAAGAAGCGAAAAAAUUAA